AUGUCCGCUCGGCCGCCGUUGCCGUUCGGCCUGGGUCGAGAUCCGCAGUGCGCACCACAUCGCUGCCUCUCGCCCGACUCGCCCCUGCCGGCCCCGGGCUCGCCCCUCCACGACCAAGUCGCCGCCGCCCUGUCGCUCCUCUUCCAGACCUUCUUCUCGACCUCGCUCCGGUACCUCGGCGUCAGCGAGAUCCUCGACUGGCUCGAGAGCAGCGGCACCGUCGACGCGUGGAUCCUCACCGGCCUCGAGGGCGGCCGCCUCCCGGACGACAUCGCCAACCCCAAGAACCUCGAGUUCGGCAAGGAGGCGUUCCGCCAGGUCAUCCGCAGCGCUCUCCAAGCCGAGAACGAGGCGUGGGCCACGAGCCUGCGCGAGACGGGCUUCUCGUCGAGCGUGUCGAUGGUGUACGAGGGCCUCGUCGCCCAGCUCAAGCCCUCCAAGACGGCGCCACUACCGUGCCUGCACACGCUCCUCACGCCGACCGGCCUGUCGAUGCUCAAGUCGGCGCCGCUCAAGUCGGCCUUCCCCGUCUGCCCCCCGCGCACGCCACCGUCGCCCGCCGGCCUCCUCGCCUCGAUCCGCACCCUCAUCCAGUCGGGCACCCUGCGCGGCAACGUGUGGAAGUCGACCGCGACCUGGCGCGCCCAGAUCCGCACGGCCUUCUCGACGUACCACUCGCACCUCAAGGACCUCGCCGAGGAGCUCGUCAGCGAGCGCUCGUUCGCCCUCGAGUUCUACAUCUUUCUCGAGAACAUCUCGCAGCCGAUCCAGCUCCUCCAGCUCAUCGCCGACGACUUCGAGGCCGAGUUCGGGCCGGGCGCGACCCGCGGCCUGCUCGGCGUCGGCGAGGCCGGCGGCGACAACCUCGUGAGCAUCAUGGACUUUUGCGCCGCGCGCAAGCCGAGCGAGCUCCUCGUGCGCGUCAAGCAGCGCGUCGCCGAGAAGCAGGAGCGCGAGCGCCGGUCCAAGCGCCUCGAGUCGUUGCGCGCCGAGCUCAAGGGCCUCGACACCGAGAUCCGCAGCCUCCUCCUCGAGUACCGCAACGGCGGCACGAGCACGGCCGUGACCGAGGAGCAGGGCGAGCACGGCCUCGAGGUCAUCAAGGACGCCGACGACCGCAUCGUCGACGAGAUGCACCGCCUCCAGCGCGAGCUCGAGGCGGCGCUCGACACGCGCGACGCCGUCAAGGCCGACAUCGAGGAGCUCGAGAGCAAGGAGGACGACGAGGAGCGCCGCCGUCGGCGCGACCAGGCCGAGGUGGAGCGCGCGAGCGCCGCUCUGGGCGUUCGCCGAGACGGUUCGAUCGGGUCGCCGGCGUCAGCGGCGCCGAGGCUCGCGCCCGUGCGCCUCGAGGGCGGCCCGCCACCUUUCUCGACGACCGACGAGCCGGCUCCCGCACCACAAGAAGGGUUCAAGCUCGGCUCGUCCAAGGACCUCCUCCCCCUCUCCGCCGCCUCGUCCUCGCCUUCCUCCUCCGCCGACGACUCUGCCCCGCCCGACCCCUUCUCGACCUCGGCUCCCCGCACCAUCUCGACCGCCGCCGCACCCGGCUCGGCAAAGGGCAAAGCCCGUGCGCUCAACCCGCCGGGCAAGGUCCGUGCGCGCUACGCCCCACCGCCGCCGACGCACCGCCACGCCAACCUCGCCGCUUCGACCGCCUCGUCCGCCGUCAGCUCCAUCGCUACAGCGGCAUCGAGGCUCGCCGCCGCCGCCGCCGAGCCGACCGAGAAGCGCGCGCCGUCGCCUGCGCCCGGCGCGACCAUCGUCCAGGUCCCGCCGCCGAGGCGCAAGCGCGCCGCGGGCUCGGCCGCAUCGGCCUCGCCGUCACGCACGCCGAGAACGCGUCGAGCAGGCGCAGGCCCGCCGUCGGCGUCGCGCCUGUCGCGGCGCAGCUCGCCGGCCGAGUCGCCGGCGCGGUCGGCGGUGAGCGGGCGAGAGGGGGACGAGCGGGACGAGGGAGGGGUCGAGGGCAACGAGGACGUGCACUGUGAGGUGUGCUGCCCUGCCUGUGCGGCCGAGACGCGGCGCGCGAGGGAGGAGCACGGCGGCGAGGUGCAGGCGGGCGAGCCGGACGAGGUCGAAGGUGCGGGAGGGCCGCGAGCGGCAUCGUCCGCGCAGGGCACGGAGGAGGACAAGGGCGACGGCGACGGCGAGGCCGCCGCAGCGGCGCGCUCGCUCCCGCUCGUCGAGAAGACGAACGUCGCCGACGUGCCGCCUCCGGCCGCUGUCGGGCACAAGAAGAAGCGCAAGAAGAAGAAGGGCGGCGCCUCGUCGACGAGCACGAGCGCCACUGUCGCCGGCGACGCGCACCUCGUUUCGGCGCCAACAGCGGCGGCGGGGCCUCCCGGCCCGCACACGUCGCUCCUGCCUGGAUUCAGCCCGCUGUCGCGCCACCCGCCGCCACGGUGCUGCCCGCCACACCGGUGCACAGGCGUCGCUCCCGAUCAUGCCGGGUGGGCCGACCUCGACGGGCUCCUCUACGAGACGAUCCUCGCCGGCUUCAAGUACGAGCUCAUGGGCGCGAUCCCGUCGCCGCUGUUCCUCCUGCGCGACAAGCUCGCCAAGAGCUUCAUCCUCGGCGGCGGGCGCAUGACGACCGACUCGGGCGAGCCCAAGGAGAUGGACUCGUUCCUCGCAAUCGCCGAGGACCGAGGUUUGUGGCACUCGGCGGUCCACCCCGAGAUCCAGGCGUGGAGCCAACGCGUGCUCGCCAUCAGCAUGCAGAAGCUCGUCGACGUCCUUCGUGCAACACUCGGCGAUGUCUGCAUCUGCAAGGUGUCGCAGCACACCGACAUCCUGCGCGAGGCUCGCCACCGCCUCGGCCUGUGCGAGCAAGCCGACCGCCAGAUCCCGAUCGACCUCCCCGAGAUGGACCCGCAAGAGUUUAUGCGGUGGUGUCACGUCCAGCUCCGCGCCAAGAAGCUCGCCGGCCCAGAAUGGGAAGGCCUGAACCGCCAGUACAUCGUCCAGGACUACCUCCUCGCCUUCUCGGACGCGUUCGACGCCGCCAUGGACCGCCUCAUGCUCGUCGACCCGUUCGUCCUCGCCGAGGACAUGAUCACGCUGCUCGAGUGGCAAGGUGGCGUGCGUGCGUUCGACACGGCGCUCCGGUUCGGCCGCGAGAACAUCGUCGACGAGUUUGGCACGGGCGUCGAGCUGCUCGAGUACGAGGAGCCCGGGCCGGUCGAGAAGAGGCCGCUCCAGGCCUGGGGCCGGCUCCUCGAGCUCAGCGCCGAGGCGCGCACCAAGGGCAUCGCCUUCAGUCGGGACCUCGCCGAGGAGGAGAAGCAGCGUGGCAACGACUACUUUGCGGCCGGCGAGCACGAGAAGGCCAUUGUCUCGUUCACGACCGCGUCCAUCAUCUUCCCGACCGAGGCCCUGUUUUCGAACAACUGCGCCGCGGCGCGCAUGAAGAUCGGCACGCCGGCCCAGUACGCCGAGGCCGUGUGCGACACGACGCUCGCGCUCGCGCAGGACCCCGACAGCAUCAAGGCGCUGUACCGCCGCGGCACUGCGCUCGCCAUGCUCGGGCACUGGAAGGCGGCUUUCGUCGACCUCAAGUACCUGGAACGCAUCGCGCCCGACUGCCAGCCGGCCAAGGAGGCGCUCUCGUGGGCGACCGAGAGGUACAACGCCGUCAACCGGCGCAAGUAGCGGACUGCUCGGUGCAACUCGACCGUGCGUGCGAUACG